GUUUAGCAAACUUUUAAAUCCUAAUAGAUACUUGGGUUGCAUUUUAGCAAAUAUAAUGAAUGGACACGUCAGGGAGCUCGUAUCAGCUAACGAUCAACUUCAUUUUUGUGCUGUGCAGUCUGCAGUCAUUUGGAUUAAGAUUGCCUCAAGUACAAAAAAGGGAUGUAUCUUCAACUCCCAACGUUACUUAUGAAAAAAACAUUAACAACAAGGUUCUGGGCGUCCUCAAGAAGGUGUACUCGGACUUGAAGAAUAUAACCGACUAUGGGCAGAGGGGUGCUGAGUUCCCGCGUACGUACGGCAUGAGCCUCAGUGGACAACAGGGGUUUGUUUGGAAUAUGUUGAACGACGCGAGAAAAACAUUUGAAGUUGGAAGUUCUCGCUCCUCCAGAACUGUAGAACCAGAUUUCAAAACGGAACGAAGCGUAGCGGAGGAACAGGCUGACCCUGCUGAACCUGGAGAAAGCGAGGGGAGCUUUUACCUGCAAAUAAUCAGUGAACUUCUAGAAAAUGAUGAGUUCUGGGACUGGCUGACCAGUUGGAUAGAGGCCUACACGGAACUGCUGGAUGAGCACAUAAAAGUCGAAGUGGAAGACGCCGUAACCAAACAAAUAAAGGAGUACUUCGACAAAAUCGACUACCUCAUCAACGAGGAGGAGGGAAGCAGGGACAUCUCUGAAGACGGCAUCAGCUCCGGACAAGGUGGCGGUGCUGGGCUCGUGACGUCACAGCACAACACUAACAGCACCGUCUACAACGACUACGUCGCCAACAUCUACUUCACGGAUCCCAAAGCCGAGAAAUUCUUAAUCGGCAAGCUGGCUAAAUCCAUCGUAGCUGUCAAUGCAACGAAAGAAUCUGCUAGUGAAAGUCAAAAAUAAUAUUUUAAAAUAUUACCAAAUAGGUA